AUGGCUAGCAUGGAAGAAGAACGAGCUGGGGCCGAAAUUGUGCGUGGGAAGGAAGCCAGCACUCGAUUUUCAGAGGAGCUAAUGAAAGAGCUUGGGUUCCCUAGUGGUGUCUUUCCAACAGGAGAAGGAGAGCUAGAAGAAUGCGGGAGGGUGAAAGCCACAAGCUUUGUGUGGUGGAAAUGGAAGGACCCUUUUGAACACUUCAAUAUAGCAACCAAUUCCAAGGCAAGCUAUGCAGCCGAGACUACCGCAUAUGUGGAGAAGGGGAGGAUGAGGAAGGUGACUGGUGUGAAGGCCAAGCAGUUGAUGUUGAGGGUGUCCAUAGUAGAGAUGUCCAUUGAAAGCAACGACAAGAUCACCUUCAAGACAGCCUUGGGGGUUGGCAAGUCCUUCCCCCUCACCUCUUUUAUGAAUGAAGAAGAAAAGAAGAGUUUUUCUGAGAGUCCAACAAAAAGAGAGAGGUGA